AUGAAGUGUUCUGCAUGCCAAGUAGAAAUAGAGGAAAAUAUCAAAGCUCAUUAUGCUUCGGAAGUGCACAAGAUAAACGUCAAGAGGCAGAUCUAUAAUGCACCCCCGAUAACCAUUGAGGAGAUCAAUGGAGAACAGUUAAGUGAUGACGUGUCUCUAGAAAUUAACGGACUUGAGACGGGAGAGAAGUGUUCAAGUUCGAAGAAAUACUCCAGAAAAAGGAAUUCAUCAAAAGUCGUAGGUUGUUCUCCAGAAGCUGUGUGUUUAUUCUGUGAGUUCCCGGAGAGCAAUACUCACUAUAGAGAUCAUGGGCUAUCUGACGAAGAAGUUGCAUACAUCGAUAACAAAGUUUGCUAUAUGUGUUAUGAGGCUUUUAGUGAACGGGAGAGCCUUAGAAGACAUAUUUCCUCUGGAAAUCACAGAAAUGCCAUGACUGACGGGGUGAAUCUUAUAUUAGAAAGCGGUAAAGUUAUACAGGGGAGAGGCCGUAAUAGAUCGAGAGAAGAAGAACCUAGACGGCCUGAAAGUAGAGAAAGAAAUAUGAUAGUGAGAAGUCAGGCAAAAGAAGAUAGAAGAGCUAUCAUAAAGAACAAGAAUCGGCUGAAGAUUUCCCUUUCCAUGAAUUUUCAACCCCGUUUCAAACCUGAUUGGAUGCAAUAA